AUGCAAUCAAUAUGACCUGCUAAUCAAAUAAGAACAAUUUUCUUUAUUUUUGCUUGGAUAUGAGCUGAUGGCGUUUCUCUUGAUAUUGGCUUAACGAUGAAUAUAUCGCAAGCUUCGUUGUGAACUUAUAUUGAGUUAAACACUUCUGGAAUUCAAUAUUACUACACUUCUAUAAAAGUUGAGAUAAAUACUAGAGAGUUUCAAUGCUUUCCUUUAUUGUCUUUAGGACUUAUAGGGAUGCCGGAAUUUUUGAAUAUAAGUGAUAUUUAUAGUAUCACAGGGGAUUACACAGAUUUUUAUUCAUAUGAAAACCAAUUGAGCGAACAUCAAAUAAUUCUUGAUUCCACCAUUUUUAAAAACAAUUCCAAAGCUUAUCUUGGGAUUGCUUAUCCAAGUUACUGAAAAAAUAGCUCACUUUUCUAUUCAAUCACCUUUUUUCAAUCAAAUAGUUUUAUUUGUGCUUCAGGAUGCUGAUCAAAUGGUUGAUGCUCAGGCAUAGACCAAUGCGAAUGCAACUUUGCUUAUAUAGGAAGAAAUUGUGGAAUAAAAUCUACAUAUCUCGUCUAUAAUAAACCUGGCCACCUUACUGUAGAAAAUGACAAUAUUGAAUAUUUCUUUAUUGCUGUACAUGAUUGUAAUUUAAAUUCAGGGGAUGAAUCCAAUUUGCUUCUUAAUUGCAAGUGAAGAGGUGAAACUAGCAUUCUUUUUAUAGGGGAGCCUUCUACCAUGUAA